UUCAUUUAUUCUCUUUUUAAAUUUCGCUCUCUCCUCCACCGUGUCUCAUUACGGGUGCGCGGUGGUUCAACCGGGGACCCAUCUUGGAUCUCCGGUUGCACCUCCGCGCGCCCGGACGGCGACACCUUUUACUUCUGUUCACAGAUGUUAAGCCUCAUCCACUCACCAGGUCAUGGCCGGAUAUACAGGCAUAAAGCCAGUAUAGUGCCAAUCAAAUUUAACUUAACUUAACUUAACUUUAGAUUCUCGAAAUGUCAAGUUUAAUAUAUAGUUAUUAUUAUAGUCUUGGUAAAUAAAGUAUCGCGUGCCGCUAAAUAUUAGAUAUUAAAAUAUUAUCCCUCUUUAUAUCAAACACGAACUUUACUUCACAUUUUAUUGAACAAUGAAAAUUCCAUAAUGAUUUCAACGCUACAUAUCAUUUGACUAUAUAAAUUUUCACUGUAAGUACAACGAUUUUUGCAGAGUAAUUAUAUUUUUUGAUAAACGUCAUGAUGGAAGUGUUUUUAAAUAUGAUACACUUUGAAAAAGUGUCAGCAUAAAAAACGCGAUGACACACUCAGAACUCUUUGAAAAUUAUUGUGAUGGGAAUAUUUGGAAUUAUAUAGGUUAUGUUUGCUUUUUAAAAAGCAUUUCUUUUUCGAAAAAAUGACAAUGAGGAUGUUAGAUGUCAUUACUGACAACAAAUAUCAUAAAUAACUGUGCAGAAACAUUUUGCAUUCUAGUGCAAAGGGAUUUAAAUCUCCACCGUAAUGGAUAUUAUAAGCCUAGAAAGCGUAGAGACUGGAAUUCGUUCUUCCAAAAAAGACUCUCUUCAACGUUGCAAUUGGAUAAGUUCGAAUUCAAUAUGUUACAUGACAAUUACAAUUGCCACCUUGGCGUUUUUAGGUGCAAUUGUUUUUAUUUGUCGUGAUUAUAUUAAACUUCUAUUAUAUUGGAUUGAACAUCAAAGUGGAUGGGUUAUUACAAUCAUUUUCGUUGCCUUAUUUACUGUGGUGUCAUUUCCGAUAGUUAUUGGCUAUUUAUUCCUCAUCAUUGCCAGUGGAUACCUAUUUGGUAUUAUACGAGGAAUUAUGAUUGUCGUGCUAUCAGCAAAUUUAGGAAUUGCAAUUGCACACGCAACACUUAGUGCUCUCUCAUCAAAAUUACCAAUUGGAGCACUUUUACAAAGUGAUACUGCACGAGCAAUUUUAAGAGUAAUUUCAGGACCACAAGCUUUUAAAGUUGUUCUAUUCGCGAGACUCACGCCAAUACCUUUUGGAUUGCAAAAUACUAUUUUUGCGGUGAGCACCAUUGGCGGAAUUCGAUAUCACAUAGCAAGCGCUCUAGGAUUGCUUCCUGCUCAACUAAUAAAUGUUUACUUGGGAAGUAGUUUGCGAUCUAUGCAAGAUGUACUUGAAGAUCGAUCGACAGCCGCAACUGGUUACAUUGUCUUUUGCUUUCAGAUAAUGAUAGGAGUCUCGUUAAUGGUUUAUGUGGUACAGAAAGCUCGAAAAGAACUACAACUAGCUUUAAUGGAAGCAGAUUUAGAAGCAAUGAGCGAGAGUUCUCAUUAUCUUCUCGAUACUCUGCCUGAUUCGAAAAUUGUUUUAACAAAUCUCAUUGCUUGAUUAUGCAACAAAAACAAUUUGAAUUUUUACAAUCAAAAUUGUACAAAAAAAAAUUAUUUCUUUCUCAUGGAGAAAGUAUAAAUUUUGCAAUUAAGUGAUUUUCUUAUCACUUUUAGAAAGCAAGAUAAUCCAAAUUGAUAAUUCAAAAAAAGAAAAUCAAUUUAAAAAAAAGUCUGGAUUAGGAACUGAAAAAAUAUUCUACAAAGUUAUGUCUUCUUUUCAAUUUGAAAGUAUUUUUUUAUUUUCUUACUUUUUUGAGAUACCAGACUGGUCAAGAAAAAAAUGUGCCAACUUUUUUAUGGCCAAAUUAUGUUUUAUUUGCUUUUAAUUAUAUUUGCAUUUAAAACUCGUUAACUUGUUUUAUUAGCGGAAUAAUGAAAAAGAGUUUUGUAAUCUCUAUAUUAUUCUAUUACUUUCUCGUAAAGGAAGCUUUGUAUUUAUUUAUUUUUAAAUAUUCUUUUCCAUUUAUAUGUUUUGUUACGUUUUUCUUUAUCAUUUUUUUUUCUAGAUAAUUAAUGCAUUUAAAAAUGUCAUUUUACGGUAAUUAUUUAUUCUUUAGAGACAAAAUAAUUAUUAAUAAAUAUUUCUAUCAUUGUGGAUAGAAUGUGAACGAUUACCCAAAGUAUAGCCUUUUUAGUUUAAAAAGUAAAGAAGAAAACAAAAACAGUUGAUGUGAUUCACAAGAACUGAUACGUGAUUUAAUUAUAAAUUAAGGGUAUUUUUUUUUAGUAAUAUCUAAUAUGUGAUUGAUUAUAAACGUAUUUAUAAUACAAAAUAAUUAUUAUGUCUGAUUUAUUUGUCUGAAAAAUUGAUAGACUUUAAUAAUGAAUCUCAACAUCUUUAAUUUUUGAGUGUUCUAUGUUCAAUCCUAGAAUUUAAAUAAUUUAGUAUAUCACGUUAUUUUCUGGUUUUUGAAAAAUAUAGUCUUCCAUUAUUAAAUUUCGUCUGUCGAUAAUCACACUGAAAGAAAAUAGAUCUAUUUCACUAUUUAGAGAAAAUCUGUACAAGGUUUAAAAAUUUAUAAAAAAAUGUCUGGAAAUUAUUCUGAAACUUAGAGUUUGUAAUAAAUUUAUGUACUUUUUUUCUAAAAUUCGAAAUUUUAACACAUUUUCCCUAAAUUGGAAAUAAACUUUUAUAAAAAUUAACUAUUUUCUUUCAGUGCCUUCUAAAUGUUAAAAAAAUCAUAAAAAGGGUGCAAUAAUAUUAAAUCGAUAGUGUUUACAUGUUUUAAAAAAAUUAUAAUAGUUUUAUUAUUUAUUUUCUCUCAGGAUUAAAAUUUUUAGUUUGAAACAUGUUCCUAAACGUAACACUUAAUCACUUUAUAUAAUAAAUAACAUUGUACAAAUGUAUCAUACAAAAAAUUGUGAAAAUAAAUCAAAUGU